AGAACCUGGUGAUAAGGUCAGAACCUUUCCCGCAACGAAGCACACCGCCUCCGCUAUUCCUACCUGCUGAUGUCAACGAAGAUAAGAAGCCUUCUGUCGAUGGUAGUGGUGACUUGAAUGACUCUGUUACUGAACAACCAGUUGCCAAUGACAACAAUAACGGUACGAAGAAGACCGAGGUGAAAGCUGAGGAUGGUGUUAACGAUCCAUUUGGAGCUUUAGACUGGAAAGACGGAAUUGCCACUUUACCGGGAAGCAACCUGAAGUUCAAGCUGACUGAGUUUGGAACUCUGGAGAUCGUCAGCACCAUAGAAACAGACAAAGGUGAAUACGAGUGGAGUACACCCACACAACACCGAAAAACUAGCACAGAUGAGAGAGAAAACAACAAAAAGACUAAGAAAAACAAAGGUAAAAGCCCGGGUUCGUCGUCAAUACCUCCGGACACCAGUAGCAUUCUGUGUUGUGAAGUCUGCGGGAAAUACGGGCUACCUCAUCAAUUCUCCGCUUCUGGAAGGUUUUGCAGUCUGUCUUGUGUGGGUGUAUACACAGGCCGACGAAACAAAGGAAGGGAAUACGUGCGACAUGCUAAAACUGUGCACGGCAAGGUCGUUAAAAGGAAGAAAAAAGAUAAACCUAAAAAUCAAGAUUUGUCUCAUGAUGGGGAUUUACAAAAUGAGACAUCUCCUACACCAGAAAAUGAUCAAGAAAUGUUGGGAGCUCGCCGGACGUUUAAAGUGAAAAGAAAACGAAUGAAAAACAAGUUAAAGUUAAAGAAGGCUUCUUUAAACACGGCAGAUCUCAUGAAAGGCGAAGACGUUCCUUAUGACUCAACCAAACCUUUUGUAUGGGCAGAUUAUCUAGCAGCUUGUGGUUCAAAACCUGUUCCAACUAGCGUAUUUAUUCAGGAAAAUCCGUUUAUCGAUCUUGAAAACGAAACGUCUUGCGGAUUCGAACAGGACAUGAAACUGGAAGCGAUUGAUCCAAAGCACCCGUCGUACAUUUGUGUUUGUACCAUAGUCAGGGUAAAGGGCACGCGAUUGAGGCUUCACUUUGACGGUUGGUCAGAGAGUUAUGAUUUCUGGAGCAGCGCCGACUCACCUUUCAUUUUCCCUAUUGGCUGGUGUGAGAAGAACGGUCAGAAACUUCAUCCUCCCCGAA